AUGGAUCUCGCAUUUCAACUACGGCUAUUUCUUUAUGGGAAUAGAAACUCUACCAAAAAUGAAAGAGAUGAAUAUACCAUGAAACCUCUAUCUUUAUACAAAUGUAGAAGGUAUUUGAGUGAUUAUCUUAGUGACACUACUCGUCUAAGAAAACGUCGAGUAGGUAUACUCCUUGGAUAUGUCGGUACAGGUUAUUAUGGGAUGCAAUACAAUACUCCCAUGUUUCCAACCAUUGAAUCCACAUUAUUCGACACUUUGGUAUCAGUGGGAUGCAUCUCGAAGGAUAAUUCAGUUGAUUUUCACAAGAAUGGGUUUAUGAGAGCAUGUAGAACAGAUAAGGGUGUUCAUGCCAUGGUAAAUGUGAUUUCUGUCAAGAUGAGUAAAUAUGAUGAACCUCAUAUAAAGGAUAUGAUCAAUAAGUUAUUAGUCCCUAAGGGGAUAAGAGUGUGGGAUAUAAAAAUGGUUAAUAAGCGUUUUAAUUGUAGAAGAGCUGUGAGUUCACGUUGGUAUGAAUAUUUAUUACCAACUUAUGUCCUCAAGGAACCAAGAAAGGAUGUUCUGAUGAAUGAAGGAGUAACAUCGAUCGACUUGGUAUAUUACAAUGAGGAUUGUUAUAGUGUACCUGAUCUUAGGAUUGGUAAGCUGGAGUCGGUACUAAACCACUAUUUGGGAACGAAAAGAUUUCACAAUUUUACAACUGGGAAAGAAACAAUGGAUUCAUCUUGUAUGAGGUAUGUCAAAAACAUCACAAUUAGUCCACCCUUCAGGAAGGAUGAUAAUAAGACCGAAUGGGUUUCACUUAAGAUACAGGGGCAAUCGUUUAUGCUACAUCAAAUACGAAAAAUGAUAUGGCUUGCCACUUUGAUCGCUCGAUCAAACUUGCAAAUUGAAUAUGUGGACAAGUUCUUGCAAGAUUCCAGGAUAUAUAUACCGAAUGCACCUGCCACUGGACUCCUAUUAAAUUAUCCUGAAUUUGCUGCCUACAAUGAAAAGCUGAAAAGACUGGGGUAUGAAACCAUAGAGACGAACAAAUACAGGAAAGAAUUACAGGAAUUUAAGGAUAAGUUCAUAUACAAAAGAAUUUUUCAACAGGAGACAGAGACACCAUAUCCUUUUAUUUUGUUUGCCAAAUCACAGGAGGAAUGGUUACAAACUAUUACGCAUACAAAAGUAUAA